AGAACUACUUACUAUUCUCUCACCCGGUGGCCGCCAUAUUGGCAUAACGUAAGGACGGUCAUAGCACAAGCCACCGGUUGUAUUUUAUUUUUUCGGAACUCUUUGUGUAAAUUAGCGAGGUACAGUGAAACAGAAAGGUUAUUGGUUACGAAAUAUGUCGCAGCUGCUUCCCAUUAGAUUCCAGGAGCAUUUACAGCUCCAAAAUGUUGGAAUCAAUGCUGCAAACAUUGGGUUCAGCACCCUUACCAUGGAGUCGGACAAAUUCAUUUGUAUCCGAGAGAAAGUGGGCGAUACAGCCCAGGUGAUCAUCAUUGAUAUGAAUGACACAGCUAACCCCAUACGCAGACCUAUCUCUGCUGAUUCGGCCAUCAUGAAUCCUACAAGCAAAGUCAUUGCACUGAAAGCUGGUAAGACUCUCCAGAUAUUCAACAUUGAGAUGAAAAGCAAAAUGAAAUCUCACACGAUGACUGAAGAUGUGAUAUUCUGGAAGUGGAUUUCGGUCAACACUGUAGCUCUUGUCACUGAAGCAUGUGUUUAUCACUGGAGCAUGGAGGGUGAUUCCCAACCACAGAAGAUGUUUGACAGACACACCAACCUGGCCGGAUGUCAAAUCAUAAACUACAGGACUGAUGCUGCCCAGAAGUGGCUCCUUGUCAUCGGAAUUUCUGCCCAGACUGGGGCGGAAGGAGGAAUGAGUGCAGAUUCUCAAAACCGCGUUGUUGGAGCCAUGCAGCUGUAUUCCGUGGACAGAAAGAUCAGCCAGCCGAUAGAGGGGCAUGCUGCAGCCUUUGCGCAAUUUAAAAUGGAGGGCAAUGCCACCCAAUCUACGCUCUUCUCUUUCGCUGUCCGGGGUGCUCAGGGAGGAAAGCUUCAUAUCAUAGAAGUCGGUCAGGCACCACAAGGUAACCAGCCAUUUACCAAAAAAGCAGUAGAUGUUUUCUUCCCACCAGAGGCCCAGAAUGACUUCCCUGUUGCAAUGCAGAUGAGUCAAAAGCAUGGUGUUGCAUUCCUUAUUACAAAAUAUGGAUACAUUCAUCUCUAUGACAUAGAAACCGGUACCUGUAUUUACAUGAACCGAAUCAGUGGCGACACGAUAUUUGUCACAGCACCACACGAGGCAACAUCUGGCAUUAUUGGGGUCAAUAGAAAAGGACAGGUGCUCUCUGUCAGUGUAGAAGAGGAUAACAUUGUACAAUACGUCACUACUAACCUGCAAAACCCAGACCUGGCUCUGAAAAUUGCCUCCAGAGGUAACCUGCCGGGAGCCGAGGACCUGUUUGUGAGGAAAUUUAACAACCUUUUCCAGAGUGGAAACUACCCAGAGGCUGCCAAAGUGGCAGCAGGUGCGCCAAAGGGCAUUCUGAGGACACCACAGACUAUUCAGAGAUUCCAGCAGGUGGCAGCACAGCCAGGUCAGAGUUCACCGCUGCUACAGUACUUUGGAAUUCUGUUGGACAAGGGUCAGUUGAACAAAUAUGAGACACUGGAGUUGUGUCGUCCAGUUCUACAACAAGGCCGCAAACAACUACUGGAGAAAUGGCUGAAGGAAGAUAAGCUUGAAUGCAGCGAAGAAUUAGGAGACUUGGUCAAAACAGUGGAUCAGAACUUAGCACUGUCUGUAUACCUGAGGGCAAAUGUUCCAGCUAAGGUUAUUCAAUGUUUUGCUGAGACAGGACAAUUCCAAAAAAUAGUGAUGUACUCAAAGAAAGUGAAUUAUGCACCAGACUAUAUUUUCUUAUUGAGAAGUCUGAUGAGAAUUAACCCUGAGCAAGCUCUGCAGUUUGCCCAGAUGCUGGUUGAAGAUGAUGAACCUCUGGCAGACUUGAAUCAAAUUGUGGAUGUGUUCAUGGAGAUGAACUUAAUUCAGCAGUGUACAUCUUUCCUGUUGGAUGCUCUGAAAAAUAACAGACCAUCAGAGGGUCCUCUUCAGACCCGGUUACUAGAGAUGAACCUCAUGUCAGCUCCCCAGGUAGCAGAUGCUAUCCUAGGAAAUCAGAUGUUUACUCACUAUGAUAAAGCACACAUUGCCCAGCUCUGCGAGAAGUCGGGACUUCUUCAGAGGGCAUUAGAACAUUACACAGACCUCUACGACAUAAAGAGAGCAGUGGUACACACCCACCUCCUUAACCCAGAGUGGUUGGUAAACUACUUCGGUUCCCUGUCCAUUGAGGAUUCUUUGGAAUGUUUGAAAGCAAUGCUUCAGGCCAACAUCAGACAAAACCUGCAAGUCUGUGUACAGAUAGCCUCGAAAUAUCAUGAACAGCUGGGCACCAACAGCUUGGUGGAAAUAUUUGAGUCAUUCAAGAGCUUUGAAGGUUUGUUCUAUUUCUUGGGAUCCAUUGUAAACUUCAGUCAAGAUUCAGAUGUACACUUCAAGUACAUCCAGGCCGCCUGUAAAACUGGACAGAUUAAGGAAGUUGAGAGGAUCUGUCGUGAAAGUAACUGCUACGACCCCGAACGUGUGAAGAACUUCCUGAAGGAGGCCAAACUGACUGACCAGCUGCCAUUGAUCAUAGUCUGUGACAGAUUUGACUUUGUGCAUGAUCUAGUCCUUUACCUGUACAGAAACAAUCUGCAAAAGUACAUAGAGAUUUACAUCCAGAAGGUUAACCCGGCUCGUUUGCCAGUGGUCAUCGGCGGAUUGCUAGAUGUGGACUGUGGAGAGGACGCUAUCAAACAGCUUAUCAUGGUCGUCAAGGGUCAGUUCUCCACUGACGAACUGGUGGAGGAAGUUGAAAAAAGAAACAGGCUCAAGCUUUUGUUGCCAUGGUUGGAAAUGAGGGUACAUGAAGGAGUCCAGGAACCUGCUACCCACAAUGCACUAGCCAAAAUAUACAUUGACAGUAACAACAACCCCGAGAGAUUUCUUAGAGAGAACCAGUUUUAUGACAGUCAAGUCGUUGGAAAAUACUGUGAGAAGAGAGACCCCCAUCUGGCCUGUGUUGCAUAUGAAAGAGGGCUGUGUGAUGAGGAACUGAUUCAGGUGUGCAAUGAGAACUCCCUGUUCAAGAGUCAGUCACGAUACUUGGUGAAGCGCAGGGACCUGGAUCUUUGGGCCAAAGUUCUUAAUGAAGAGAACGAGUAUAGGAGACAACUGAUUGAUCAGGUGGUGCAGACAGCCCUGUCAGAGACCCAGGAUCCAGAUGACAUCUCAGUUACAGUGAAGGCUUUUAUGACAGCAGAUCUACCUAAUGAACUGAUUGAAUUGUUGGAGAAGAUUGUUCUAGAGAACUCCGUAUUCAGUGAACACAGAAACCUUCAGAACUUGCUGAUCCUCACCGCCAUCAAAGCUGACCGUACUCGCGUGAUGGAGUACAUCAACAGAUUGGACAACUAUGAUGCCCCAGACAUUGCUAACAUUGCCAUCACUAAUGAACUCUAUGAAGAAGCUUUUGCCAUCUUUAAGAAGUUUGAAGUCAACACUUCUGCAAUACAGGUGCUGAUUGACAACGUGAAGAAUUUGGACCGUGCUUACGAGUUUGCAGAGCGUUGUAAUGACCCAGCUGUUUGGAGUCAGUUAGGACGUGCUCAGCUAAACGAAAAUAUGGUGAAGGAAGCCAUCGAUUCAUUUAUUAAGGCAGAUGACCCGUCUCAGUACAUGGAAGUGGUCAAUGUAGCCUCCAGCAACAACAGCUGGGAAGAUUUAGUGAAAUUCUUACAAAUGGCUCGUAAGAAAGCAAGGGAAACAUUCAUAGAAACAGAAUUAGUGUUUGCUUUUGCCAAGACCAACAGGUUAGCAGAUUUAGAGGAAUUCAUAUCGGGACCGAACCAUGCCAACAUCACACAGGUGGCUGACAGAUGUUUUGACAACAAAAUGUAUGAGGCAGCCAAACUUCUGUACAACAAUGUAUCAAACUAUGCCCGCUUGGCCAUCACUUUGGUCCAUUUGGGAGAGUACCAGGGGGCUGUGGAUGGCGCCAGGAAGGCUAACAGCACGAAGACUUGGAAAGAAGUAUGCUUUGCGUGUGUGAACAAUGAAGAGUUCCGCCUGGCCCAGAUGUGUGGUCUUCACAUUGUGGUCCAUGCUGAUGAGUUAGAGGAAUUAAUCAACUAUUACCAGGAUAGAGGCUACUUUGAAGAGUUAAUCUCCUUACUAGAGGCAGCAUUAGGUUUAGAAAGAGCCCAUAUGGGUAUGUUCACAGAAUUAGCCAUUUUAUACUCAAAAUUUAAACCAGAGAAGAUGAGAGAACAUUUAGAACUCUUCUGGUCUCGAGUCAACAUUCCAAAAGUAUUACGAGCAGCCGAACAAGCCCAUUUGUGGCCGGAGUUAGUCUUCUUGUAUGACAAAUACGAGGAGUAUGACAAUGCUAUUAUUGCUAUGAUGAAUCACCCAACCGAGGCCUGGAAGGAGAGUCAGUUUAAAGAUAUCAUCACAAAAGUGGCCAACAUUGAGCUUUACUACAAAGCCAUUCAGUUCUAUCUGGACUUUAAGCCUUUACUUGUGAAUGACUUGCUAAUGGUCCUGACUCCUCGUCUAGAUCACACACGUGCUGUGAAUUUCUUCAUCAAAGUGCAACAAAUAUCCUUGGUGAAGCCAUACCUCCGCAGUGUACAGAAAAAUAACAACAAGGCAAUCAAUGAGGCGCUGAACAACCUCCUGAUCGAGGAGGAGGACUACCAGGGCCUCCAGGCAUCUAUCGACGGCUACGAGAACUUCGACAACAUCAUGCUGGCCCAGCGACUGGAGAAGCACGAACUUAUCGAGUUCCGAAGAAUUGCAGCUUACCUGUACAAAGGAAACAACAGGUGGAAACAGUCGGUGGAUUUAUGCAAGAAGGACAAACUUUUCAAGGAUGCUAUGUGUUAUGCGAGUGAGUCCAGAGACACCGCGAUAGCUGAGGAUUUGAUUGCCUGGUUCCUGGAGAGCGAGUACCACGAAUGCUUUGCUGCCUGUCUGUUUCAGUGUUAUGACCUCUUACGACCUGAUGUGAUACUUGAAUUGGCAUGGAGGCAUAACAUCAUGGACUUUGCCAUGCCCUACAUGAUUCAGGUUGUGAGGGAGUACAUUUCCAAGGUUGAUAAGCUGGAACAAGCAGAAAAUGUUCGUAGCGAGGAGGAACAGAAAGCCGAAGAAAGGCCAAUUGUAUUCGCUGAGCCUCAGCUUAUGUUGACUGCUGGACCCUCACCCAUGAUGCCCCCACCUCAGGCCCCCUCACCCCAGCCCCCAUAUGGUGGCCCCACCUACCCAGGAAUGCCCACGGGUGUACCAACAUAUGGGUAUAGCAUGUAACUGUAAACAAAUCGUCAUAGUCGUGCGAGUUAAGCAUCCGUCAUGGUGUACACAGUGAACAAGUGAUAUCAUUAACAUAGACGUGGAAGAUUCAAAAGUUUGCCAGUGAUUGUGUUUCGAUGCAGUAGUUUAGUAGAAACUUUAACACAGGUCCACUUCAUGUUGAGUGCAAUAUUAUCUGUAUGUUGUAGUACGAUGCGACACAUUAAUAGGCAGUUGACACAUUUAUUUUCUAGCUUUCUUCUUAAUCUUAAUCCUGUGAAUGAAUUAUGAAAUGUUUUAAUACCAUCUUCUAUGAACUGAUUAUUAAUCAUUGCAUUGGCAGAUUUUUGAAGAAUCCAUUGAUAAAUCAUAAAUUCCAAGGGACCUGCAAAAUGUUAUAUUUCAUAUUAAAGAUGUUAAUUUUUUUCUGUGAUUUUAAAUUUGAAGAUAUUUUGUUUUGUGGAGUAUGUAUUUAUAUAUGUAUGCAUUAAUUCAAAGUGCUUCACAUGCAAGUUGAUGCAGUGUUUUUCUGUGUUAAAUGAGGUCUAGCAUCUUUUGUUCUAUUCAUGGUUUUGCAAUUGAAUUAAUAUAUCAAGAUUCAUCAGGGUGUGUUUUCCACCAUUUGUAACAUGAAUGAUUGAAGAAUUUUUAAUGUGUGGAAAUUUUGCACAAGACCUUUGAAACCUUUUUUUUCACAAUUGAUUUUAUGGACUUUUAAAUUUGUAGAUUACCAUGUAAAAUUAUCAAUUGCGCUUUACUUUAAAGCACAAGGAUUAUUUAUUUAUAUCUAUUUGAAAAAUUAUAUAAUAGACUAGCUUUGAAUUGUUGCACAUACUCAAAAUUGUACCACUGAAGAGAAACUAUGAAAAUGUAUGACGUUCCAUAGCCAACCUAUGUAUUGUUCAUUAAAUUCAGUGUUGUAUAAAAGGACAAUUGUAGAAGUUAUCUUGAAUAUGUGGCUGUGUGUUUUGAUUUAGAAAUUCUGCUAUUAAGGUUCUGGUUCCUAAUACCAAGCUAGAUGCAGUGAGCAUUUAUCUAAUAUCGUUGUCUUCUGUGGUCUAGAUUGUUAUCCAAUGGUGUGAUGACAUUGGAUUUUAGCUACAAUUAGUAAUAUACAUGUGUAAUACACAAAGAACAAGAAUAAACUAUAGACUACAUCAAA